AAAGUAGGAAUAUGAGGAAUGUGGAGAAAAUUAAUGCAAAUGUUCUCUCUAACCACAUCUUUCUGUCUCUUCCUCCAGCCUCUCUGACUGUGAGUCCCAGCAGCUCUCAGCUGUUUGAAGGAGAGUCUGUCUCUCUGAGCUGUGAGGAGGACGACAGCUCUGCUGGAUGGACGCUGAGGAGGAACACAACCAGAAGAACCAGGACUCAAUGUGAUGACUGGGGUGAACCAGCUGGUUCUUCCUGCAACAUCAGUUACAUUUUCCCAGUGGACAGCGGAGUUUACUGGUGUGAGUCCAGAGAGGGAGCAACCAGUAACACCAUCAGCAUCACUGUCACUGGUGGACCAGUGAUCCUGCAGAGUCCUGUCCUCCCUGUGAUGGAGGGACAUGAUGUCACUCUGCACUGUAAAACAAAGACCCCUACCUCCAACCUCCCAGCUGGUUUCUAUAAAGAUGGCUCCCUCAUCAGGACUGAGCCUACAGGUCACAUGACCAUCCACCAUGUUAACAAGUCUGAUGAAGGCCUCUACAAGUGUAACAUCAGCGGUCGUGGAGAGUCUCCAUCCAGCUGGAUCUCUGUCACAGGUGAGGAGGUUACCUUUGAUUUCAGGACUUAUUUCAUCCAGAGAUUUACCUGACCAGGUGGGAUUCUCUCUACAGGUAAACCUACAACCUCAGCUCUGCCCACAUCCGCAGCUCUGCCCACCCCGACAACCCCGCCUCCUCCAACACCACCUGCCUCAGCCCCCUUCCAGCUUGUGUUCAGACUGAUCUGCCACCUGGUGGUCUUCUGUCCGUACUUCAUCUCCACUGUCCUCAUGGUGUCUUUAUAUCGACACAGGGCCACAGGACAUGACCUGCCAGUCUCUAUGGUGAUGACCCCGUCUACCCAGGCUGAGGAGGGAUUGGAUGAUGACUAUGAUGAUGUCACCACAGAGCAUCACUUCUGAGCUGAUCCAGUGUGUUCAGUGUGUUCUGGUUCUUAAUGAAGCUAAAAUGUUUGAUUCAUCAGCAAAUAAACCUCAGAUAUCACAAACAGCAGAGGACCCAGAUCAUUAUCAGGAUUAACUCUGUCAGGUUUAGUGAAGCUUUAUCACUCAGAGAAAGACUGACUGUGGUGAACUUGAUUCAUGAUACAGACCCCUGGACAAAUGGACAAAGCUGUCGACAUGUUUUUGGUCCAAAUGAAAGCUCAGGUUCAGGUUCUGGUUUGAGUUUUGUUGUUACUCUUGCUUGUUUGGUUUAGAUGUUAAACAGGGUGAUAUGUUUACUUUUUAUUUACUUUAAAAGUUUUCAAUAAACUUCACAAAAUUGACCAAACCUCAGUCUCUGUGUCAUGCUAAGUUACAAGUUAUACAGAGGAUGUAUCAUGUUUUUGGGUUUGGUGUAACGGUAGACAGAACGGACCCAAACGCAACGCUGAGGGUUUGAAAAGGAGGUUUGAGGAAAAAGGGGGACGAGGAGGGACGGGA